AAUGCUCACAAACUUGUGAAUUAACAAAAAAAAAAACAGCAUUGUUACGGAAGCAAAUCUACUUCUUCUCUGUGAAGAACAAAAUGGAUUAUGCUGGUGAUGGAAGCCCAGACAACGAACACUAUACUUCAGUAAAUGCCAUGUCAAAAGAGAAGAGGAUUUGUCAUCGUCACACUCCUCAACAGAUUCAGAAGCUAGAAGCUUAUUUCAAAGAAUGUCCUCAUCCAAACGAAUCACAGAGAGAAGCGUUUUGCAGUGUGUUGGACCUCGGGAUAGACCAAGUCAAAUUUUGGUUUCAGAACAAAAGAACUCAAAGCAAAGCUCAAGAUGAGAGAACUUCAAACAUAUUGCUUCGUGAAGAAAAUGAAAAGCUCCAAUUGGAGAAUGCUGCGAUGAUCGAGGUUUUAAAGACUGUGACUUGUCCACCUUGUGGCGGUCCUCCAUUCGGCAGAGAUGAUCGCGAAAGUAAUCUCCACAAGAUGCGUUUAGAAAACGCUUUCUUGAAAACGGAGCGUGACAGCUUAACGACAACCAACAACAAGUAUCAACAAACCAUGUUGGACUCACUCACUUAUGUUCAAAGACAGCAAACCUUUGAAGCUCUCACCUCAUAUGGAAUGAAUCCAUACAAUCAACCUAGCUCAUUAGAAUCUCAAACCAUCCAACCACAACUACUACCCCAAUUGGAUAUACCGCAGCUGUCUGAAACUGCGGCAACUGCGGUUGAAGAGCUUAAGCGGCUAUUUCGUACCGAUGAAGCUCUUUGGGUUAUGUCGUCUAUUGAUGGAACAUAUGUGAUUGAUCAAGAGAGCUAUGAGAAGUUCUCGCACUCAAUCAAACAUUUCAGGAACUUGAGUGCUCGUGUCGAGUCUUCUAAAGAUAUCACGGUGGUUCCUAUUGAGGCAACAAGCUUGAUUGAUAUGUUCUUAGAUUCGGAGAAAUGGAAAAUGCUUUUUCCAACGAUCGUGAACAAGGCCAAGACGAUUCAUACGCUCGGAUCCGAGCUUCCGAUAAAUGAAAACUUGAAUGUCUUGCAAGUGAUAUGGGAGCAACUACACAUAUUGUCGCCACUAGUGCCACCAAGGGAGUUUAUGAUCGUUAGAUGCUGCCAACAGAUCGGUGAAGGGCUCUGGAUUAUUGCUGAUGUAUCACAAGACUCACAACACAUCUUUAACUCUGACCAAGCCAGUCCGUCUUGUUAUAAACGUCCUUCUGGUUGUCUCAUCCGAUCCUUGCCAAAUGCUCACACCGAGGUGUCUAUUGCCUCGAACGAUCUCAACAUGUCUAUCAAUCCGUACAAAUGUAUUCAUUAUAUUUUCUUAUUUGAUGUUACUGAAAUAUUUCAGGUAAGGUGGAUAGAGCAUGUGGAAGUGGACCAUACAGCCCAUACACAUAAGAUGUAUCGAGAGCUUGUAAGUGGCAGUUCGGGCUAUGGAGCUAGGCGUUGGAUCGUCACCCUUGAGAGAAUGUGUGAGAGAAUGGCUCUCUCCUCCAUCCUAAUCAUGCCGGCUACUGACUGGAGUGAAACUAUACCGACAGUGGAAGGACGAAGGAGUGUGAUGAAAUUAGGGGAAAGAAUGUUGAAGAUCUUCAACGAAAUGUUGAUCAUGUCCGGGAAGGUUGAGUUCCCGCAGCAAUCGAAAUGUGGAGUCAGAAUCUCGAUCCGGAUGAACAAGGAACCCGGGCAACUACCCGGUUUAGUUGUCACUGCUGCAUCUUGUCUCUCAAUCCCUCUCACUCCUUUGCAAGUCUUCAACUUCCUGAGAAGCAACGACACUCGUCACCAGUGGGACGUUCUUUGUCGUGGAAACGCAAUCACUGAGUCUGCUCGCAUUUUCACCGGAUCAAGUGGAACAAACUGCAUCACCCUACUCCAGCCUACACCACUGUGGGAUAUUGGACAAAAUAUGGUACAAGAACCACACAAGAAGAUGAUGGUGCUACAAGAGUGUUACAUGGACGCAUUAGGAGGCAUGAUAGUGUACUCUCCUCUUGACAUGGCUACAAUGAGUAUUGCUGCCUCUGGCGAAGUUGAUCCUUUGAAUAUUCCAAUCCUUCCUUCUGGCUUCACCAUCUCAAGCGACAACAGUGAGGGAACUUUACUCAUGUUGGCUUUUCAGAUCCUUAACUCUGAUGAAAACAGUAAGACCAGAAGUGUGAGUGAGAUUGCAGUGGACAGAGUGAGUAGAUUGAUCAGCCAAACUGUUCAAAACAUCAAGCUCAUGCUCAAUUGUCCUCCUGAAUGAGUGAGAGAAUAUUCUCUAGAGGAUUCUCUUUUGUUCUUUUCUUUUUCUUUUGGUUUUGAGAGAAUAUACUCCUUUGUUCUUAUUUAUGCUUUUGUUGGAGAUAUUUUUAUUUAUGCUGGAUGUUGGAUGA